UCUCUCUUUUUGGUGAAUUCGAAGUGGAAAUGGAAUCGUUACCAUCUCCAUUUGGCGAUCCAGCUCCAAAUUUAUCUGAUUCAGAGCUCCGAGAAACUGCUUACGAGAUCUUAGUCGCUGCUUGUCGUAGCACUGGAAGUCGUCCGCUGACUUACAUUCCUCAAUCGCCGAAAUCUGAUCGGAGCAACGGUGUGACGACGUCGGUGUUAGCUCCGUCACCGUCGCUUCAUAGAUCUCUGACUUCUACAGCUGCGAGUAAGGUGAAGAAAGCUUUAGGGAUGAAGAAACGAAUUGGAGACGGAGACGGAGACGGCGGAGAAUCUUCGGGUCAACCGGAUCGGAGCAAGAAAUCUGUCACGGUGGGUGAGUUAGUUCGAGUACAAAUGCGAAUUUCGGAGCAGAUCGAUUCAAGGAUUCGUAGAGCUCUUCUCAGGAUCGCUUCUGGUCAGCUUGGGAGGCGUGUGGAGAUGAUGGUGCUACCUCUUGAGCUUCUUCAACAGCUUAAAGCUUCAGAUUUUCCAGACCAAGAAGAGUAUGAAUCAUGGCAGAGAAGAAACUUGAAGCUUCUUGAAGCCGGUUUGAUUUUAUAUCCUUGUGUGCCGUUAAGUAAAUCUGAUAAAUCUGUUCAACAGCUUAAACAGAUUAUUCGGUCGGGUAUCGAGAGGCCGUUAGAUACCGGGAAGAUCACGGGGGAGACGCAGAAUCUUAGGAGUUUAGUAAUGUCUCUUGCUAGUCGGCAGAACAACAAUGGGAUUGGUUCUGAGACUUGUCAUUGGGCUGAUGGGUUUCCGUUGAAUCUUAGAAUCUAUAAAAUGCUUUUAGAGUCUUGUUUUGAUGUGAACGAUGAGUUGUUGAUUGUUGAAGAAGUAGAUGAAGUUUUAGAGCUUAUAAAGAAAACAUGGCCUGUCUUGGGUAUGAAUCAGCUGAUUCACAAUGUUUGCUUUCUCUGGGUGUUGUUUAAGCGGUAUGUAUCAACCGGACAAGUGGAGAAUGACUUGCUUGUAGCUGCUCAUAACUUGAUACUCGAAAUUGAGAAUGACGCAAAGGAGACAAAUGAUCCUGAGUAUUCCAAGAUCUCGAGUUCUGUUUUGAGUUUGGUGAUGGAUUGGGCUGAGAAGAGACUUCUUGCUUACCAUGAUACUUUCAACAUCGAUAACGUUGAGACGCUGGAAACUACGGUUUCUUUGGGGAUUUUGGUAGCUAAGGUACUAGGCGAAGAUACUUCUAGUGAGUAUAGAAGGAAAAAAAAGCAUGUCGAUUCAGGGGGUGAUCGAGUCGAUACCUAUAUCAGGUCUUCGUUGCGUAUGGCUUUUUCACAGACAAAGAGGAUGGUGGAACAUAGCAAGAAGUCAAAAUCCCGACAGAACACGAAUAAUCUUCCUGCUCUUGCGAUUCUUGCAGAGGAUAUUGGUCAUUUAGCUUUCAACGAGAAGGCGAUAUUUAGUCCAAUUUUGAAGAAUUGGCACCCGCUUGCAGCUGGUGUGGCUGCAGCUACGCUUCAUUCGUGCUAUGGAACCGAGUUGAAGAAAUUCGUCUCGGGUAUUACCGAGUUGACGCCAGAUGCUAUAAGAGUACUCACUGCUGCAGAUAAGCUUGAGAAGGAUCUGGUGCAAAUUGCUGUACAAGAUGCAGUAGAUAGUGAAGAUGGCGGAAAAUCGGUUAUAAGAGAGAUGCCUCCUUUUGAAGCGGAAGUCGUUAUUGGUAACCUUGUGAAAUCGUGGAUCAAGACCCGAGUCGAUAGGCUAAAGGAGUGGAUCGACCGGAAUCUCCAGCAAGAGGUAUGGAAUCCGAGAUCGAAUAAACUCGGUAUCGCUCCUUCUGCUGUGGAUGUACUGAGGAUGGUAGAUGAGACAUUGGAAGCGUUUUUCUUGUUGCCGAUACUUUUGCAUCCAGUUUUGCUUCCUGAGCUAACGUCAGGACUCGACAAGUGUAUGCAGCAUUAUGUAUCAAAGGCGAAAUCUUCCUGCGGCUCGCGGAAUACAUUUCUACCCGCUUUGCCUGCUUUAACAAGAUGCACAGUCGGGUCCAGACUACAUGGUGUAUUCAAGAAAAAGGAGAAGCCAAUGGUAGCUUCUCACAGGAGAAAAUCACAGCUGGGGACAAGUAAUGACUCCGCGGAAAUACUUCAGUUCUGUUGCAGGAUCAACACUCUGCAGUAUAUCAGGACAGAGAUCGAAUCAUCCGGGAGAAAAACAUUGAAUCGUCUCCCGGAAUCCGAAGUUGCGGCUUUGGAUGGUAAAGGUAAAAUUUUUGAACAGUCAAUUGGUUAUUGCUCGAAAGGAAUACAGCAAUUGUCUGAAGCAACUGCUUACAAGAUCGUCUUCCAUGACCUGAGCAACGUUCUCUGGGAUGGUCUGUACCUCGGGGAAGUUCCUUCCUCAAGGAUUGAGCCGUUUCUUCAAGAGCUCGAACGGUGCCUUGAGAUUAUCUCCUCAUCAGUUCACGACAGAGUCCGAACCAGAGUCAUUUCAGACAUCAUGAGAGCUUCUUUCGACGGGUUCUUAUUGGUCCUCCUCGCAGGUGGGCCAUCGCGUGGCUUCACAAUUCAAGACUCUGCUGCCGUAGAGGAGGAUUUCAAGUUUCUGUGCGAUCUUUUCUGGUCAAAUGGAGACGGAUUGCCUUUGGAUCUAAUCGAGAAGGUUUCGACGACGGUCAAGAGUAUACUUCCGCUGCUGCGCACGGAUACUGAUUCUUUGAUUGAACGGUUUAAAGCGGUGUGUCUCGAGAAUCAUGGUUCUGACAGAGGGAAACUUCCGUUACCGCCGACUUCUGGUCCCUGGAGUCCGACGGAACCAAACACACUUUUAAGAGUAUUGUGUUACCGUUAUGAUGAGCCUGCGACUAAGUUUCUGAAAAAGACUUAUAACUUGCCGAGGAAGCUAACCUGAGAGUGAAAUUAAAUGUGGAAUAUUAUUUUGGUUAAGCGGCUAGCGGUUUGGUAUUGGGAAAUUAAAUUACUUGUACAAGAAAGUAGAAAUUUUUAGUGAAACAUUCUUCUUUUUGUACUAAUCAAAGCUUGUGGGCUUU